UGUAGUUGCCUCAAAACUGGUCUUGCUGCUUCUCCUCUUGUCCUUACAAACCAUCUUUAGCCAGCAGCCAAAGUGAUCUUUUUAGAACAUAAAACAAAGAAAAUGUCUUUCCAUCCUAAAGCCCUUUGAUGGUUCUUAGUGUAGAAAUCUCAAAUUUAUGGAUACAUGAUCUAGAAUGCCAGUAGACCUGGUCCCUGCCUGCCUCUCUGCCACAUGCCUCCCCACAUGCCACAUGCCACAAGACUCUGGGACUUUCUUUGUAUGGAGGGGUCUUCCCAUGAUCUUUUCAUGGUUCCCAUCUCAUUCAGGUCUCCAUCACUUCCUCAAGAUCUACCCUCACCAUCACAACCUAGCUAGAGUAGUGGCCACUUAGCUGCCCCCUAUGGCAUCACCCUGUUCCAUUUUCAUCCUGGAACUUCUCAGUGCUCAGGGCUGUGGUCUGUGCUCCAUCAGAGUAUCAUCUCCAUCAGAACUGUCAACCUUAUUCUGUGCUUGUAUAACCUGGCAUGAAGUGGGUGCCCAUAAAAGUUUGUUGAAUUAAUGAAUGAACAGAUGAGGUCAACAUUUUAGAACAGCCUAUAAACUCAAAAGAAGUUUCUCCCAGAGUCUGGGUGGGAUAAAAACUGCUUGAGGCAAGACAAUACCUGUCUUUGACUAUAACAGCAAUUGUCAAACUUUUUAGUCCUUAGAUCCCUUUAUACUAUUAAAAAUUAUGGAGAAUCCCAAAGAACUAGUGUUCAUGUGGAUUAUAUGUACAGAUACUUGCUGUAUUAGGAGUUAAAAUGGAGAAAUUUUUAAAAUACUUAUUUCAAAACAAGGAUAAAUCUAUUAUAUUAUGACAUAAAUAAUGUUUAUAUAAAAAACAACUAUAUAUUUUUAAAAAUAAGUGAGAACAGCUGCUCUACACAUAUAAUGCCUAGAUAGCACCAGGAAGGAUUCUGUUAGAUAACUGAUUAGGUGGCCUCAAGAGUUUAGACCAGCCUUCAGGUUCAGCUGGAGCCUCUUCCCAGGUGUAUGGGUAGAGGAUCUAAGCCCGCAUAAGCCUUCUGCAAGAAGAAGAUACUUUUCCCUCUCCAGUCCCCCGCUGCACAUUCCAUGCAGCUCUCUCUCUUCCUUUUUCCCAGUCUACUGUAUUAAAAAGAAUAAAUAAAAAGCAAAGAAUAGGAUGAGUAGUAAACUUAAGGUCUGGAAAUUGAUUACAAACUAUACAGGUCCUUUAAAUAUGCUUAUUUCUGUAAUCAGAACCAUGAUUCUAUAAAUUUUAAUGCAGGGAAUUCCUCUUGAGUUUUGACUUUGACAAAAUGAAUGUGGAAGCCUGGUUUUACAGGAUUUGUUUAUUCCUUUUUGUAUUCAUGUUGAGAAACCAAACUGGGUGUCAUAUCCUUUUUCUUAGGGCUGUACCGAAACCUAAGUUCUUCCUCUUUUUUUUUAUUUUAGAAAAAUCUGCUCCCACCCUCUUUAUUUUUUUCCUCUGGCUAGAGGAAAUUCACACAGCCAGGAUUUAAAAAAAAAAAAAAAAAAAAAAAAAAAAAAGGUGGUCUCUGUGCUAUUGAAGUGGCAGAGGCUCCUCUGGCUCUGGGCACGCCUCUUCCACUGUUGACGUCACACUAUUUUUGUCUUUGAAUAGCUCAUUGACACAAUCGCCUCGGAGAUCGGAGAACUGAAACAGGAGAUGGUGCAGACAGAUGUCAGCCUGGAAAAUGGCCUGGAACCCAGCGAAGCCCACAGGUGACCAAGACGAUCAGGUGCCGGGCAUCAGAUGGGGGCUAAGCGAACCCUAGCGGCUAGGAGGACUGCCAUCUCGGCUCGUCAGAAGUUUGGGAACUGGGAGUGUGGUGGCCUCUCCAGAUGAAGCUCUCUGUAGGAGGUGGGAGUGGCCUAGGAACCACUUGUGUGUUUAUUUUAAUCACUUCGAAGGCACUUGAACUUUACAACCUCUCAAUGCCUGCUGGCACCAGAACCCGGAAACCUAAAGUUCUAGCUGCCCUAUCCACCUACUCACAGUGAUGGAAACAAUAACGCAGCAGGAUCCUCCGCGUGCAAAAUAGAAUUCAGUGUAGCCGGUGUCAGUCUCCAGAAGGUUUAAAGGGGAGCCCUAAAGAGGAUGGACUCGUUUUGCGUUCUCAGCAUGGUAAGACACAAGGACGAUGGCUAUUCUGAAGAAAAGGAUGUGAAGACUUGUCCCUGGGACUCUGGCUAUGACAGCCUCUCCAACAGACUCAGCAUUUUGGACCGGCUUCUCCACACCCACCCAAUAUGGCUGCAGCUGAGUCUGAGUGAGGAGGGGGCAGCCGAAGUCCUUCGGUCCCAACCUCCAGGGAUCUUCCUGGUUCGUAAAUCUACCAAAAUGCAGAAGAAAGUCCUCUCACUUCGCCUGCCCUGUGAAUUUGGAGCCCCACUCAAGGAAUUUGCCAUAAAGGAAAGCACAUACACCUUUUCCCUGGAAGGCUCAGGAAUCAGUUUUGCAGAUUUAUUCCGGCUCAUUGCUUUCUACUGCAUCAGCAGGGACGUUUUGCCGUUCACCUUGAAGUUGCCUUAUGCCAUUUCAACAGCCAAGACGGAGGCUCAACUUGAAGAACUAGCCCAACUGGGACUAAAUUUUUGGAGCUCUCCAGCUGACAACAAACCCCCAAACCCUCCACCUCCCCAUAGGCCUCUCUCCUCAGACGGUGUUUGUCCUGCCUCUCGUCAGCUCUGCCUUAUAAAUGGAGUGCAUUCUAUAAAAACCAGGACGCCUUCGGAGCUGGAGUGCAGCCAGACCAACGGAGCCCUGUGUUUUAUUAAUCCUCUUUUCUUGAAAGUGCACAGCCAGGACCUCAGUGGAGGCCUGAAACGGCCCUGCACAAGGACUCCCAACGCGAAUGGCACCGAGAGGCCUCGGUCCCCCCCACCCAGGCCCCCGCCACCCGCUAUUAAUAGUCUCCACACAAGCCCUCAGCUGUCCAGGACUGAAACCCAGGCGAGCAUGCCAGAAACAGUCAACCAUAACAAACAUGGGAACGUAGCUCUGCUUGGAACGAAACCAACCCCCAUCCCUCCACCCCGGCUGAAGAAGCAGGCUUCUUUUCUAGAGGCAGAAGGCAGCGCAAAGACCUUGACCGGCGGCCGGCCUCGUCCCGGCCAGGAGCGGGAGCCGGAGGAGCCAGGGCCGGGCACAGCUGGCGGGCCAGGUGGGGCCCCGCCUGCGGAGCCUCCGGAGGAUUGCACAAGGGCCGCCGGCCCUGAAUCACGGCCCCCGUGGCAUGGAGGCAGACAGAGGCUGAGCGACAUGAGCAUUUCCACUUCCUCCUCCGACUCGCUGGAGUUCGACCGCAGCAUGCCCCUGUUUGGCUACGAGGCGGACACCAACAGCAGCCUGGAAGACUGCGAAGAGGAGAGUGACCAGGAGACCAUGGCCCCCCCUGUCAAGUCCAAAAAGAAGAGGAACAGCUCCUUCGUGCUGCCCAAGCUCGUCAAGUCCCAGCUGCGCAAGAUGAGUGGGGUGUUCAGCUCCUUCAUGACCCCCGAGAAGCGCAUGGUCAGGAGGAUCGCCGAGCUGUCCCGGGACAAGUGCACCUAUUUCGGCUGCCUGGUGCAGGACUACGUGAGCUUUCUGCAGGAGAACAAGGAGUGCCACGUGUCCAGCACGGACAUGCUGCAGACCAUCCGGCAGUUCAUGACCCAGGUGAAGAACUAUCUGUCUCAGAGCUCAGAGCUGGACCCCCCCAUCGAGUCGCUGAUCCCCGAAGACCAAAUCGAUGUGGUGCUGGAAAAAGCCAUGCACAAGUGCAUCUUAAAGCCCCUGAAGGGGCAUGUGGAGGCCAUGCUGAGGGACUUCCAUAUGGCCGACGGCUCGUGGAAACAGCUCAAGGAGAAUCUGCAGCUUGUGCGGCAGAGGAACCCACAGGAGCUGGGGGUGUUCGCCCCAACCCCUGAUUUCGUGGAUGUGGAGAAAAUCAAAGUCAAAUUCAUGACUAUGCAGAAGAUGUAUUCGCCGGAAAAGAAAGUCAUGCUGCUGUUGAGGGUCUGCAAGCUUAUUUACACUGUCAUGGAGAACAACUCAGGGAGGAUGUAUGGAGCUGAUGACUUUUUGCCAGUCCUGACCUACGUCAUAGCUCAGUGUGACAUGUUGGAACUGGACACUGAAAUUGAGUACAUGAUGGAGCUCUUAGACCCAUCACUGUUACAUGGAGAAGGAGGUUAUUACUUGACAAGCGCCUAUGGGGCACUUUCUCUGAUCAAGAAUUUCCAAGAAGAACAAGCCGCAAGACUGCUCAGCUCAGAGACCAGGGACACCCUGAGGCAGUGGCACAAACGGAGAACCGCCAACCGGUCCGUCCCCUCGGUGGAUGACUUUCAGAAUUACCUCCGAGUUGCAUUCCAGGAGGUCAACAGUGGCUGCACGGGAAAGACCCUCCUCGUGAGACCUUACGUUACCACCGAGGAUGUGUGCCAGCUCUGUGCUGAGAAGUUUAAGGUGGGGGACCCUGAGGAGUACAGCCUCUUCCUCUUUGUUGACGAAACAUGGCAGCAGCUGGCAGAGGACACUUACCCUCAAAAAAUCAAGGCUGAGCUGCACAGCCGGCCACAACCCCACAUCUUCCACUUUGUCUACAAGCGCAUCAAGAAUGAUCCUUACGGUGUCAUUUUCCAGAAUGGGGAAGAAGAUCUUACCACCUCAUAGAAGACAUGAGACUUCCCAGUGGUGCAUCCAAAGGGGGGUUUAGGAACCUUGCCUUCUGGCUUCCACGUGCUUGUGCUUGAAAAGCAGUCACCUCCUUGGGGACCCCUUGGUUCAGUGACUAAGCCAUCCACAGGCUGACUUGGGCAAAGGCAUCUUCAGCCACAUUGCCCAAGCAAGGUAGCUGAGGUUCAUGAAACGGUAGGAUUCUCCUUCAGAGAUGGGAGAAUUGCAUUUGAUAGUUUAGGUGUCCUGAGACUGUUUGUUUGCUACCUACCCCCAGCCAGGUUCUAGGUUGGCUCACAUGUACGUAUAUGUCCUGAAUAAACAUUUAGGGUAUAAGCUCUUCUCUUGAAUUCGACAGCAGGUAUUUGACAAGACUGUCCGAUGCAGUGCGUCAGGUGCUUCUCCGUUCUGUGGAUGGCUCCAUCCUUUCCUUUUCUCUCUUUUGUUCUCUCUUUCUCCCUUUCUCUCUCUCUCCCUUUGUUUCUUUCUUUCAAAGAGCCUUUGUGUUUUUAUAUAUUUCAUAGAAAUUUUUAUAGCAGUUGCAGGUAAACUGUCAGGAUUGGUUUUUAAAAUAUUUUUGUAACUUUAAAAUAUUCUAUAAUUAUGCAUGUGAUUUUAACGUUUAAUAUUUUCAAAAAGAAAUCUCUUGCUGGAUUUGAGAGUAUCUCACUUUUAAAAUGUCUCUCUUCUAUAACUGGAUGUUUCGGCAACUUUUGUGGGGAAAGACUGCUGGAGUUCUUAAAGCGAUGCAUUAUUGACACUGGCCACAGAAUGCCUUGGAAAUCUGAUGUACUGUUGUUACCUUGUUCAUGCUUAGUGGUAUUGUGCUCUUUUGUGUUUUAACCAAGUGAUGCUGAGGAUCAGGAGAGAAAUGAAUGUAGAGAGAGGUCGAGAGAGAAAAACAGACUCUGACAAAGGACUAAGGAAUGUAGUCUGCUGGUUCAGACUCCUUGAAGGAAGUGGUAAAAGGGAAUGGAAGGAUCCACUUACGCUGAAAAUACUGUAAAUACGCAGUGACAUUAGGAAAAAAUAUAUCCAAUGUUAUUUGCUUUUGGAAAUAAUUUUGGAAACCCCCAUGAGGAGAAAAAAAAUAAGGAUAAUACUACCCCCUUUCCACAUAAAUCAAAACUAAGAGCAUCAAAUUAUUUGCGGGCAGAAACCAUGUAUGUGUAAUGUGACUUUCGUUGAGUUAAAUAAGAUGCUGUUUGGAAAAGAGUUUGCAAUGCCACCAAAAAGCCCUUCUGUGUUAUAAGAAUGUAUGGUGAAGUUAACUUCAUGUUUUAUGAAACCUGUUUUGGGGGUGCACAAAGUAUGAGGGUCUUGUAUCCAUGUGACACAGGUAGUUACCAGAACAUGUGAUUGUACUGUGUAGAGAUGCGUAGUCAUCUAAUUUGGUUGGCUUUGUACCUUGUAUCUUUUUUUAGCUUUUGCUGUCCAUCUAGAACCCUCAUCACAUACUGUGUUGUACUUCCUUUUGUAAAUGAUUUUUUAAAUGGAAUUUUGCACAUAAUACAUUGUAAUACUGUAUGAUAAUCAUGUGUGAAGAGUUUUGAAAUAUCGAGUUGUCCUUUUUUUAUUCAAGGAGCAGAGUACAAUUAUGCACCACACCAUGUUAU